AUGAAAUUCUCUUUCCGUACGGGCGGUGAUAAAGUCUUCUACGACAAGCUGAAAGCUGCUAUGGUGCAGCCCACCGAUGCACCGCCUAUACCGAAGACGCUCGAUAGCCUUCGGACAAGCGAACCUAGCUCACCAACCACAUCCAGCUUCGAAAGCAGGAGUUCGCCUCGUUCAAGCCGGGUUGGAAUUGCAGGUCUUGAGCAAAUAGGAAAACAGAGUCAGAAAGACAAUGAGAUUGUUAUUGGUGCGGCAUUCGAAGAUCUAGACUCCCUGAUGUCACUCAAAAAGGAGGUUUCCAGUCUAGCACAGAAGAUUGCCCGAGAGUUUGGGGAUGAGGCCAACAGGACGGAUUUCGACACUGACAUAUUGACGGGCUCAGAUCCUGGAAUGAUUGCAACAAGAGACAUGCUGAGUAGUACAUCCGAAAAGCUCUACAUAUCCGAGCUAUCGCGGAAUCUGGCCGAGUACGUGACGGACGAACGACGAGGUCUAUUACGCAAACGAGGCGGCACAAUGAGUUUGGUCGAUCUUUGGGCUACCUUCAAUCGCAGUCGCGACGGUGUGGAGCUGGUUAGUCCUUCGGAUUUUCACAAAGCAGCUACAAUGUGGAUAAGUCUUGGUCUACCCGUUCGCCUUCGGCAAUUCAAGAGUGGUCUUAUGGCGGUGCAAUAUGCUUAUACUAGCGACGAGCGAACGAUUGAGCAAGUGAAGAAGUGGCUGGAGUCAUUAAGAGCCUUACCGGGUGAAGGUGUGGACUGGAACUGGCAGCGUUAUGGUUGUGGUGUUACUGCUCAGGACGCGGCGAAAAAGUUCGGCUGGAGCCUAGGUAUUGCUAAUGAGGAGUUGGAAAUGGCGGAAGAAAAAGGAGCGCUUGUUCGUGAAGAUAGCAUAGAAGGUCUCAAGUUCUGGUUGAACUUCUUUGAUGAGAAGGAUGAGGACAACGAAGAUGACAUUUAG